AGAGAGAGACUGACUCACUCUGUCAGUCCUCGGAUCGUUCAGCAGCUCCCUUCUUCUCUCCACACUCGCCUUCUCUUCUUCUUCUCUUCGUCUCUGCUUCUCUACGUCCUGCGUUCAUCCUCCAGCCGCCGACGUCAGGGGAAUUCAAUCCCCUUUGAUAUUCAGGUUAAUCUGAUUAUGAAGAUUUCUUCUGAGACGCCUUUUUGUCAAUGACAGCCAAGAUGGAGACUCCCUUCUACCACGACGACUCCCGCUUGGCUGAAGUCGUCCCCGGGUUCAGCCAGAUCCCAGAAUAUGAGCGUUACCCGGGAAGCAAGAUGCUGAUGAAUAAGAAGGUCAUGUCCAUGGUGGGCGGUCAUCACUUCCCUGGCGGUAGUGCAGCAGGAGGCAGGGGCGGAAACCACCACAACCUGGGGCUUGCCGGCAACAGCUCCAUGUUGACAUCAGCGUCGUCAUCGACCGACAUGAAUCUGCUGAAGUUGGCUUCCCCUGACCUGGAGCACCUGAUCAUCCAGUCCAACCAGGGUCUGGUCACCACCUGUCCCGUGUCAAACUCCACCAAUCCCUUCAUGUACCGCAACCAGGCCACCAACGAGCAAGAAGGCUUUGCUGAUGGCUUUGUCAAAGCGCUCGCCGACCUCCACAAGCAGAACCAGCUGGUGGGUAGCGGCCCCAUGUCCCCGUCCUCGUCCUCCGCCGUCUCCCUGCAGACAUCCUACCAGAGGAACCUGAUGUCUAGCGGAGACAUGCCCGUCUACACCAAUCUCAGCAGCUACAACCCAGGCCAGGUGACAUACCCUGUGGGGCAAAUGGCUUACGGUAGUGCCUCAGGCCACGGUGGUGGUGGAGCCCCUCAACACCACGCCCGAGGCAUGGACGCCCCUCAGACUGUCCCUGAGGUGCCUCAAUCGUUGGGCGAUCCCACAUCCCCACCCUCCCUCUCCCCAAUAGACCUGGAGACACAGGAAAGAAUCAAAGCAGAACGCAAGAAGCUCCGCAACCGUAUUGCCGCGUCCAAGUGCCGCAAGCGGAAGCUGGAGCGGAUCUCGCGGCUGGAGGAGAAGGUGAAGGUACUGAAGAACCAGAACUCGGACUUGGCCUCCACCGCCGCCAUGCUGCGGGAGCAGGUCGCGCAGCUAAAACAGAAGGUCAUGAGUCACGUCACCAACGGCUGCCAAAUCACUGUUGGCUCUGCCACUGCAAAGUCUGGAGACAGAGGGGGAGGCACUGGCAACGAGGGCUCCAGCUGCUGAGGAGGCGGGACACCAGGAGAAUAUGCGUGGGAAAAUCAGCCGAUAGGUCGACAGGCCGAGGGUUUACUUUUAACAUUUUGUUGUUUUGCUUAAACUCUCGGUCAGAGCGAGACGUCGACGACGCCUCAACAGGACAGAUGGACGUUUAACGGGAUUUAUGUAGCCCCGUAAACCAGUGUCAAUCACCGAGCCAGAGGGGGGCGGGGCUUAGAGGAGAGAAAGGAGACAGAAGCACAUGAACUAAGUUCUGGCGUUGAAUUUUUCAAAAGGAGAAGGGAGAUAAUUUAAUUUGAAGAGAAUGCAUAUGUGAACGGGCACAUUUAUUUGAUAGAUGAACUACAUUUACGGACAGAUUUCCAAUUUUUAUUUUCAGUUGUCAUUUCAGUAAGUAAACUGCACUGGAAACAAUGGGAACAAUUGUCCACCAAUGAUUUUAUUCGAAGUUACAGUAAAAACAUUGAUUGAAUAACUAACAUGUUAAGAUGUCUUUGAUUAUUUAAUCCAGAGUUGAGGAGAUUACUUAUAAGAGGUAAUCAAAAUACUGUAAAGUAAUUAUAUUACUUUUAGUUACAGAGUGAGAACUCUAAUUUCAUAUUAACACAAUUUUCAUGUCAUAAUUGAGAGUGUUAAAGAGACAAUUUUAACACGUUUUCAAAUCCAGCCAAACUUUGCUCCAAAUGGCCGACUCUGCAGUUUUGUUUUGUAAUACAAUUAUUGUAAUCCCUUAGCUUUUAUUUAUUUAUUUUUUUCUACAAUCCCACUGUGUGUUCACACAGCUGAAGGACCAUCCCUUUACAAAAAAGACUUGGACAACUUUGUUUUUUCAGUGACUCGUUAUGGUAUUAAUAGAUUUAUGCAAUCUGAUUACUGCAAUCUCUUGUUACACUUUACUUGAAGGUAUCUUACACUGUCACGAACGUGUCAUAAAGAUUAUAAAGAAGUCUUAAACGUUGAUGACAUAACGCUUCUUUUAGUAAGUGUCAUUUGGUUUUGUCAUGGCAAGUUAUGAUUAUGGUUAGGGUUAGGGUUAGUCUUGGACACAUGCAAUCAUGUGUUCAUGAUACCUUCAAGUAAAGUGUUACCCAAUCUUUUUACAUGUCUGUAACUAAAGCUCAGCUGUGGUUGGUAAUAAUCCAGUGACUGUUAAAACGUUAAACUGUGUUUCUGUGUUUUCGUCGUGUGUGUAUCUUAAAAACCUUUAAAGUAAUGUCUUUGUGAGGAAAAAGUUUCUUCGCUGUUUUUCCAGCUGCUUGGUUUUUAUUUUUGUUUUUUGGCUGGUUGAAACUUUUCUGACUUUCAUUGGAUCUUUUAGAAAGGAAUUGUUCGAUUCAAGAUCUGCAAGCGAAGACGUCUCUAUCACCAUGGUCUCAGUCACUAUUAAAAGAUCUGAUUCUGGAACUAAAGGAACUAAAUCCUGAUGUGGGAUUUCACUUUUAACUCAACAGCGGGUUUUUAAAAAAAUUGUUAUUUGACUGAUUGUUGACACAUAUAUUUUUCAGAGCAAUAUAAAUAUUAUUGAACAUAAAUGAGAUGAAUAACACUACUGUGCAUAAGGGAUACCAUUAUUUAAUCAUAUUUAUCAUUUUCCUAAUUUGCACCUUUUUUUUAUUAAAGACCAUUUCUGCCAAGGAUAGCAAGAUUUUUAGGAUGGUCUUAAAUAAGAAUUUGACCUGCCACUUUGUCAAAAGUUACAAUACAAUAAAUCUGCUGCUGGUUGUGGGUAAAGAAAAAAUGUAUUAGGAUUUUUUUUAAGCUAAAAUGGUCUCAGUGGAACAUCAAAUGUGUUCCACUUGCUCUUGUAAAAA